CCCCUAGAGCCUCUUCCUAACAAACCUGUUUUCGGGAGCUGCUGCCGCCAACCCCUCCCCAGACCCUUUGCCGGCUGUACUGGCUGCUCCAGAGAUUACAGGUUAUUGUCUGGCGGAGACAGGACGCUGAGGGGGUGGGGGGCUAGCGCUGGGACUGGGCUUGGAAUGCCAGACUGGAUCCAGCUGUGGGGUUGGCUGCCUUCUCUCCCCCAUUCCGCCCCCUCCCAGCCACCAGGUGCUCAGGUGAGUAGACAGCUGGCCCUCAGUCAGGAAGAGGAGGGGGAGGAGGGAGCAAAUGGAGAGACAGAGACUGAGGGGUAGGGAAGGGUAUGGGCAGGGGAGGGGUGUCAGAAGUUCUAGCUGAUCAGAUGACCAUGCCCCACCCCACCUGGCAUUGCCCAGGGAGCAGGUCCAAUGGUCCAGGUACUGGACUGAGAGGGGCAAGCCGCCUGCGCUCCCUUCCCCAACCUCCAUGGCCAAUGCUCUGGGAUGAAAUCGGGCCUCAGUUUCCCCUUCAGCAAAAGGAGGCCAAUGUAAGGGGACGGUGGGGAGAGGAUGAGUGAGGCUGGACAGGAGAAUGGGGGCUCCUGUAGCAGCAAGCCCUGAGGCAAGGCUUCAAAGUCCAGCAAGAACUUUCUGGCAGGCUGAGAAGUGGCUGGCAGAAUCUCCUUUCUGGAGGUCUGUAUGGGCAGGGUCAACUCUGUCCCUUGUCCCCACAUUUGCCCCAUAUUCCACCGUGGGGGCAGGAAGUGUCCUGUGCUUUCCACCCUGGUCAGGAUGGGAGAAACUAGGGAACAGGCAGCUCCUUCCAGGCAAAGGGAGAAAGGGCCCUGCACCCACUGCUUUCCAGCGGCAACAGGAGUCCCUCCCUCCGCCCUCCCCUCCUGUCCCUCACAUCCCCACCCCUUCCCUCUGUCACUCUCUGGCUGGUUUCAUUUGCUCCUCAGACGGCGCGCUCUGCGGUGCCUCCGAAGGCAGAAAAUGCUCUUGGCAGGCCCGGCCUCCAGUGCCCCCAGCCCCCUGCUGGCCUCCCUGCCCCUGCCUGCCAGGCCUCUGCAGCCCCCGCUGGACUUCAAGCACUUGCUCGCCUUCCACUUCAAUGGCGCCACCCCGCUCAGUCUCACCCCCAACUUCAGCACGAUGGACCCAAUCCAGAAAGCUGUCAUCAGCCACACGUUUGGGGUCCCCUCCCCUCUGAAGAAGAAGCUCUUCAUUUCCUGUAACAUCUGUCACCUGAGGUUCAACUCAGCGAACCAAGCUGAAGCACAUUACAAAGGCCACAAACAUGCCAGAAAACUCAAGGCUGUCGAAGCCGCCAAGAGCAAGCAGAGGCCACAAACCCUGGCCCAGGAUGGGGUGCUGGUGUCCCCCACCCUGACUCCAGCCAGUGGAUCCCCUGGAGAGCCGCACAGCAAAGCCGUUCCUGCAGCCCCACCCCCUGGCCCCCAACUCCAGCCACCGCUGACUCUGGACCCCACGCCGAGGGAGCCGGCUCACUCAGAUCUCUUGGAUGCUGCCUCCUCUUCCUCUUCUUCCUCCUGCCCACCCUGCUCCCCAGAGCCUGGGAGAGAGGCGCCAGGGCCUGAGCCCGCAGUGGCUGCUGUGGGAAACGGUGUGAACGGGGAGGGCAGGAGUGAGAAGGGGCGCCUCUAUUGCCCCACGUGCAAGGUGACAGUGAACUCCGCCUCCCAGCUUCAGGCUCACAACACAGGAGCCAAGCACCGGUGGAUGGUGGAAGGUCAGCGAGGUGCUCCUCGAAGGGGCCGGGGCCGCCCUGUGCCCCGGGGAGGCGGACACAAGGCCAAGAGAGUGGCAGGGGGCCAGGGCGGCCGACAGGGGCCCAGCCCCCCCUUUCACUGUGCCCUGUGUCAGCUCCAGGUCAAUUCGGAGACCCAACUCAAGCAGCACCUGAGCAGCAGGAGGCACAAAGACCGCCUGGCUGGGAAGCCCCCCAAGACCUCCAGCCAGCACAGCAAGCUGCAGAAACAUGCAGCGCUGGCUGUGAGUAUCCUCAAGUCGAAGCUAGCCUUGCAGAAGCAACUCACCAAGACACUUGCAGCCCGCUUCCUGCCCAGCCCGAUCCCCGCCGCUGCCGCAGCCAUCUGUGCGCUGCCAGGGCCCCUGGCCCUCAGGCCUGCCCCCACAGCAGCCACCACCCUCUUCCCAGCUCCCAUCCUGGGCCCGGCUCUGUUUCGCACCCCAGCAGGAGCCGUCCGCCCUGCCACAGGGCCCAUCGUCUUUGCCCCCUACUAGGCUUCCUGGGGAGGCCGGGGCUUGGCACCCAGCAGUCGCUGCUGUCCUUGCCUCCUCUUCCCGAGAUGCCUCAGUUUCCUCCAUCCCCUAGGAGACUACUAUUUACAGCCAAAGCUUCCUGCCCAAUCUAGGAAGAGCUGGGCUACUUUUAAGGGCAGCUGCCCUUUGCCCAGUCUGGACUACGGAUUCAACUACAACCCUCCUGGCCCAAGACCUUCCAACCCUCCUCUCCCCAGCCUCCUCAGGCUGGCACUGGGCUCCCCUGCAUUGCCCAGCCUGAUUUGCAGGGAGCAAACUGAGAAAUCCCAAAGAUCUAUGCAAAAUCCUAGCCCCAGCCCCAUGGUGCUCUCAUUUCCCCCACCUGAGACCUAGAACCCCAUGAUCAGAGGUCCUAGGAAUCUUAACUUUGAGCCUGGCAAGAAGUCUAGAGAAGAGGCCCUCUCCAUUCACUGGACUCUCUGGAGAAUCACUGGAAGUGGCAGAUGGGGUCUCAAGCUGGACAGGGUUCAAGGCUAUCUGGACAAGGUGACCCUGGAGGAGUGGAAGAAGACUGUGGAGGAGAAAGGGGGGGCAGGGAGCAAAGCCAGGGUGGGGCUGGGGCUGAGAGAUUUUGGGGUUCCUCUGCUGUGAUCAGACAGGGCUGGGAGAGGGGUAGGGGAGGGUGAUUUUCUGGCUGGGCCCAGUUUUAACAGAGGUCAUCAAUCCCACACAAGCUCUCUCCUCAGCCUUUCAAUGAUUUCUCCUGAACCCCAGCUGGGGGUGGAGGGUGGUGGUGGACAUUGGAUCUCUCCAGACUAUGGACCCAGCUAACACCAACCCCCCCUCCCCCAGGGCUCCCAAGAGAAGAGCUUUCCCCUCAGGCUCCUCACCCCAAACCGGUCCCCAGCACUAAAUCCAGCUUCCCCUCCUCCCAAGCAGAAUCCUGCCCCCUCACUGUGAAGCUGAGUGUUGGGAUCCAGGCUGACACACUCAAGACCCAUUUUCAUGCUGUCAAAGUUAAUGUCACAACCUCCAUCCCACCCCCCAGCACUGCUCUGUCACCCCACAAUAUGGGACUUUGCCAGUAUCCACCUGUAUCUUUUCCUUUUUUAGAUAUUUCCAAUGGGAGGACAAGAAGGGGGGAGGGGAGGGGAACCUUUUGAUAACAGUUGUGGUUUUAUUGUGUCCAAUGCAUCAAUAAAUGAAUUCAAGCCCGAGCCUGUAGAUGCCCUAAUUCGACUCACCCAGCCCUGCCCUAUUCACCUCUCCCAUCCCGGGGAGAAGGGGUGUGGACUAGAGGUCACCUGGCUCUGGCUCUGGUGUCUCAUCUCUGCUGGGUGUGCACAUUAGAAGCAUGAAGUGGACAUGGAAAGUCGUGGGUUACAAGCUCACUUGAUAGCAUGUUGAAAGUGUAACCACCCUUCUGAGCCCCGACAGAUCUGUCAGCUCCUGAGAAGCUGCUACAGGUUUGCCUUGUUCUAUUCAGGCAUCUGAGGUAAGGAAGGGCUAGAGGAGCACCUUGUCCAGCCUUCACCAUGGCAGCAGGCAUAUAAACACAGGUAAUUUAUAAAUAGGAGUCCAGCUAUCAGCUGAAAACAACCACAGGAAGGGGUGAAGGCCAGGCCCCACCGGGUGUGAGGUGGGCUGAUCGGGCACUGGGCGGGCGGCCGCUCUGGCAGCUAGAGGCAGUGCACGCCUGCCCCCUGGUGGUUGGGGGAGAGCAGUGUCUCAGCCUCCAGGGCCAGUGGGCAUAGCACCUUGAAGAGGGAGAAGCAAAGGGUACAGUGAGAGCCAGCCCCAAGCCACAGGUAUUAUAAAAUCAGAGGGCUGGAGAGGAUCCAGAAGAUCAUCUAAGCAACUCCCGUCACCUUACAGAUGAGAAAACUGAAACCCAGAGAGAGGAAAGGACUUGCAGGGUCCUAAAGCCAGCUGGUGAAGCCCAGCCCAUCCUUCCCUUCCACCUCAGCCAAUAAGGGCCAUGUGCUCCCUGAGCAGGAAGAAGCAGCAAAACAAUUGGGGGGUGGGGGGGGGG